AUGACAGCCUGGGGUUACUCUGAUGUGCUGCCUCUUUCCAAGCUCCAAGAAAAAGGGUUUCUGAUGAAGAACAAACUAAUCUUCAAAAUCAACAUCAAAGUCAUUGAAGUUGUUCAUCAAGGAGAGUCAACUGAGGAUGAUAUGUUAGAUUACAAUGGUUUUCAGAUCCUUGCUUCUCACUGUGCACAACUAUACAAGUGUGACCUACUAAAAUUAAAUUUCCGUCCAGAGAACCAAGCGGCCAAAACAAAGUACAUGAAUCUCCUCCGCAUCGUCGAAACACUGAGCAAGACUCCACAGAGCUUGUCUUUGACUGAACUAUGCAAUGCUCAAAGCGAGCUGGCUGCACUGGAGGAAGCAGGCUACAAGCACGACUGGCUAGAUUCUAAAAUUGAGGAACUAUCCGUGGAGUGCAAGAAAGCAACACUUUCUGAUGGAUCUAGGGUCCGACAACUCGAGGAUGUGGUCAAGAAUGUGGAACUGACUCUGUUGGAUCUCAAAGCUGAACUGGACAAGGAAAAGGUUAAAUCUGCUGCAACUGCUGCUAAAGUAUCUUCGUUUCAGUUUAUAGAUCUUCUUAUAAAGAGGUUAUUUCUCUCUUGCUUCUCUAUCUCAAAAUACUAG